CGAACCUGCCCUCACACUAGAGCCGGUGAACAGCGUCCGGACAGCCCUUUCUGAUCUGUACCUGGAGCAGCUCCUGCAAAACAAACCAAAAUCUGACAAGUUGGCCAUGCAGACCUUGGAGGACAGAGGAGCUGAGUCCUACACCAACGGUUGCGCCGGACACAUGAACGGAUCAGAGCCGGCCAGCAUGAAAGAAGUCGCCUUUGAGAAGAAUCCCUCCGAGCCGAUGGGCGUCACGCUGAAAUUAAACGAAAAGCAGCGCUGCACGGUGGCCAGGAUAUUGCACGGGGGAAUGAUCCACAGACAAGGCUCCAUACACGAAGGGGAUGAAAUAGCAGAAAUCAAUGGAAAAAGUGUGACAGACCACACUGUGGAUCAGCUCCAAAAAAUUCUAAAAGAGACCAGUGGCGUUGUAACGAUGAAGAUCAUCCCCAAGAUGCAGGGUCGACCCAGAGUGUGUGAGAUGUACAUGAGGGCUCAGUUCGACUACGACCCUUCCACGGACGACCUCAUUCCUUGCAAAGARGCCGGUUUGAAGUUCCAGACGGGCGACAUCAUCCACAUCAUCAACAAGCAGGAUCCAAACUGGUGGCAGGGCCGAGUGGAGAGCAGCGCCGUCGACUUCGCCGGACUGAUACCCUCUCCAGAACUCCAAGAAUGGAGGGUGGCCAGCAAAAGCAAGGCCAAGCAGAGCAGGCAGUCCUGCAGCCCGUUCGGAAAGAAAAAGAAGUGCAAAGACAAGUACCUCGCCAAACACAGCUCCAUUUUCGACCAGCUGGACGUGAUCUCAUAUGAGGAGGUUGUGAGGCUCCCUGCUUUUAAAAGGAAAACUCUUGUGCUAAUCGGGGCGCCUGGUGUUGGGAGAAGCCACAUCAAAAAUUCUCUUUUAACAAAAUACCCUGAGAAAUUCACUUACCCUGCACCACACACCACCAGGCCCCAGCGAAAGGACGAGGAGAACGGACAGGAGUAUUACUUCAUCUCAAACGAAGACAUGACCAAGUGCAUCUCUAAAAACGAGCUGCUGGAAUACGGCAGCUUUCAGGGAUUCAUGUUCGGAACCAAGUUUGAGACCAUCCACAAGAUCCACGAUCAAGGCAAAGUUGCCGUGCUGGACAUAGAACCACAGACCCUGAAACUUGUUCGGACUGCGGAUUUUGCUCCACUGGUGGUGUUCAUCGCUCCUACCAACACAGCUGCACAGGUGCUACAUGCUGUAACAAAUCACCGUAAGUUGAAUCUGAACUUAAAAGAUGUACUUGGUUUAUUUCUCGACGGUUUGUGUUUUUCAACCAUCAGGUCUGCCCCAGCUGGAGCCCCUGCGCCAGAGGGAGGAAGUCAGCAACCUCCCAAUCUCACCAGCAACCGCCGUCUGCAGCAGACGCAGGCACAGGUGGAUGAGGUGGUGGAUAUCAUGCGCGUAAACGUGGACAAGGUUCUGGAGCGUGAUCAGAAGCUGUCAGAGCUGGACGACCGGGCCGAUGCCCUGCAGGCUGGAGCCUCUCAGUUUGAGACUAGCGCUGCAAAACUGAAGAAUAAAUACUGGUGGAAGAAUGCCAAGAUGAUGAUUAUCCUGGGUGUGAUAUGUGUGAUUGUCCUCAUUGUCAUUAUUGUGUACUUCAGCACCUAAGAAGAGUCGCUCCUACCCCAGUCUGAUCCAAGCUUCCUUACUACAGAAGAAAAAAGAAAAACAACCUCUAAUUGAUGACAAAAUUAACCACAGAUGAAUUAAUUUAUUGUAUGUACGUAUAUCUCCGCCCCCCAGCUAUCCUCAAAAUAACACCCCUAAACCCUUCAGGCCCCCCGUGGCUCUCCUCAGCCCCCCGCUCCUUACUUCCACAGCCUCACCUCUGGAUCCCUGUCGAUAUUUGUUCUGUGAGUGUGUGAGCCUGUCUUCUUUCUGAGUACUCUUGGCUUUUCUAACCCUGCCAUUCUGGGAACCAAACCCCCUCCGCCCUACCUUUGCCCCCCCAAACCCUCCGUGACGAUGCAACAACAGAAACCGGUACAACAAUUGGCGAUAAUUGUUACAUAGCUGAUAUAUAGAGUUCUUUGUAGAGUUUUAUUCUAAUAUAUAUCUGAUAUACUGUUUUGUAAGUGUGUGUGCGUGCGCGUGCGUGUGUGUGUGUGCAUUUUGUACUUUUUAUUUUUUGUAUUAAUUUGAUGUAUGCUUUAGCGUUGACUACUGCCUAUUAAUGAAAGUGUGCAUCUUGCAUGUCCUCUACAUCCCCCUCUGAUUGUUUUGUUGUCCAAUAAGCCUCCUUAAAAAAAAAAAAUCUACCCGUGUUUCUCUUGAAGGCAGACUGAAAUUCGUCAUCUUACCGACACUUAUUUCCUUCGUCGCUAAAAAAAAAAAAAAUGUUUUUGCUUCUCUUUUUUUUUCUUUUUUUGCUACAGCUAAUGCUCACUCACUGAUGUUAGUGAAAUAAUGCAUGACUUGUGCAACGAAUCCUUAGCGUUCAUCACCUCCGACCCUGUCCAAUUCUCCUUCCUUUUUUCUGAGAGGAAUUCUUAAACAGCGACCGUCUGACGUGUCUUUUGGCGCCGUCUUGUUUCUCAGCAGCAUGCUUCCCUCGGACAACUUUAAACUGCCAUAGUACGGUCGGACCAAUGUCUGUAGGUGUCUUUGUUUUGUUUAUUAUUAUUAUUUAAAGAUUACGUAGUGUCUUAUUUCGAAAACAUUCCUUCAUUGCAGUCUAGUGCAGAUGCUCUUACUGUAGCACAUUUAAGUGUGAGUACCUUAAAAAAAUACAAACGACGAACCUUGUGUCAGUAAUAACAAUAGGAGGAAUAGUGACUAGGUGUAAAGUUACUUUUUUUUUGUUGCAUAAACUGGAUUGUCCUAAUAAAUUUUUUUUCUACAAUUUUACCUUAACAUUACACUUAUGAUAACAUGGGUGAUUUUGGGUUGGAAAUUAAAGCAUUGGGGGGGAUAAAAUGCUUCUGCUGCAAUGGUUUGUGCAGAUUUUGAAUCCUUUCAAAACCUGCACAAGCGUCUGUGGUUUUGACAGUGCCGUCCGGCUGUUUAAACGGGCCGCCAAUGCAGCAGAACCUCUCCACAUUAAGAGCACAUUUUUUAAAAAAAAAGUCAAAUUAGCUGGAUCGCCAGACAAAUGAAGCGAGUAACGCCUAAGAAGAAAAGAAGCAGUAACUCAAAAAAAAUAUUUAAAUAAAACAAUCGUAGCAUUCCUAAGACGAGUGUUUUGCUAGCGCCGUGGUUCUGUCUUCGUGUUUCUUCUUCUUCUAGUUAAUGCCUUUCUUUUUCUUUUUUUAAAAUAUAAUAGACUCUAUUUUUUAAUCAUAGUAUAUUUUUGUGUGAAGCAGAAGAAGCAAAGAGGAUGCGAAGCGUCAAGARCGAAGCUCCUCUUUCCUUCUGUCUGGUGUGUUUUUGUAGUUCAGCUCCGCGUUACACACUGCCAAGCAUUAAAGGAAAACAGUUAUUUUCCUUAUUGCGGUYAUUUCUUUCAUUUGUGCACUCACUGGUUUGGUCUUGAAGUACUUUCAAACCACCUUUUUUUAUUCUUAUUAUUAUUCUUGUUUGCAUGGUUGUGGCUACUUGGUGAGUAAAAGAGCAGGGUAAAUACAAGGCACUCUUCGAGACAAAGAGUUGCACAUGUUCCUCAGAGGCGAUGCAUCAGAACUUCCUGAAGCUAACUAUUUGUGGGAGGGAUUAAAAAA